GUUAAUAAAUAGCCCUACAAUGAUAACUAAUAAUUCAUCAUUACAUAUUCCAUUAACUUAUGUUUCUCAACUAACCCCUGAUGUUUCAACUCGAUUGGCAGCUUGUUUCAUACUAAUUAUUAUUUUUGGAAUUAUAUUCAACAUAAUUUUGAUACUUGUUAUACUGUCUGAGAAAAAACUUCGCUCAAUAACAAACGCCUAUAUUAUCAAUAUAGCCAUAGUUGACUUACUUAUUGCGACAACAGUUGUACCGUUUGAUAUUGAUUUUAUGUUAAGAGGAAACUAUCCAUAUGGAACAAUACUUUGCGGUUUCAAAGAAGUAUUGUUUUUGUUUACUCUUCCGUCAUCUGUUUUAAAUCUCUUGUUGCUAACAAUAGAAAGAUUUGCUUCGGUUUUCUUUCCCUUCAAACGAACUAAAUACUUUUCAAAGCGUAUAGUUUUAAUUUCAAUAUUGUGUAGCUGGAUGUACACCAUAAAUGUUGGUUUAUACCCUAUUUAUAUUAACGGACUUUCCGCUAUUACAGUGAUACAAAAAACCUGUGCGCUCAAAUUUUCAAUUGAGUUUGGAAUUUACUUUGUUUCAGUUAACUUUCUUCUUCCAGUUCUCAUAAUGACUGGUUUGUAUUUUUCACUAUUUUUAAUGGCUUUUAAGUAUAUAAAAAAAUCGAAAAAAUCGAAACAGUCGAAUUGCUUUCAGAGGAACUUAAAAGUUGCAAAAACAAGUUUUUUACUGUUUAUAAACUUUCUUAUUUGUUGGGGAAGUUUUAUAGUUUUAGCAUUGUCAAAUACGUUGUGUAAUGGUUGUCACUCACGAGAGAUAACGUGGAUCGGCAACGUUAUAAAUUACUGCCAUAUUGUGUUUAACCCUUUAAUCUAUGGCUUGCUAAACGAAUCCUUACGUAAAGCAAUUUUUAAGAAAAUUUACAAACCACUUUGUUGAUUUGAAAUUUGUAUUAAUAACUUAUAUUUAAUCAAGCACGUGAAUAUCGUGAAAUAAUAACUUUUUAAACAACAUAAAUUUAUAAAAUACGUUAAGAAAAAAAAAAAAGUCAAAAUGUUGACCAUUGCACAAAAGAUUGAAACUGUUUGAAUGGCUCACACAUUGUUAACACAUUUUUUGACAUCAUUGCCCCCCAAAAAAAUCGUUGCACUCUUAUGUAAACAACGUUAGAUUAGCGUAAUACAAAAUAUUAACAGUAUUGUAUUGAAUCCGUUAUUAUGAAAAUUAG